AUGUCCCUGAGAUUCUCCGGUGGUUCCAGGAGGGCUUGCUCUGGGCCUGGAGCGGGCUGUGGGAAUAGCAGCUUCUCCCGCUCCUUGGUUGGAGGCCCAGCAGGAGGAAGCUUUGGAAGCAGUUUGGGUGGCCCAGGUGGAAGCCACAUUGGUGGGAGCCUUGGAAAUGCUUCUUGCUCGGCCUUCCUCGGGAGCGAGGGCGGGCUCCUGUCCGGGAACGAGAAGGUGACCAUGCAGAACCUGAACGACCGCCUGGCCUCCUACCUGGACAACGUGCGGGCCCUGGAGGAGGCCAACGCCGACCUGGAGCGGAAGAUCAAGGGUUGGUACGAGAAAUUUGGUCCUGGCUCUUGCCGGGGACUCGACCAUGAUUACAGUAGGUAUUUCCCUAUCAUCGAAGACCUGAGGAAUCAGAUCAUCUCUUCCACCACCUGUAAUGCCAAUGUGGUUCUACAGAUUGACAACGCCAGGCUAGCUGCUGAUGAUUUUCGUUUAAAGUUUGAAAACGAGCUGGCUCUACACCAGAGCGUGGAGGCAGACAUCAACGGCCUGCGGCGAGUCCAGGACGAGCUGACCCUGUGCAGGACGGAUCUGGAGAUUCAGUACGAGACCCUCAGCGAGGAGCUGACCUACCUCAAGAAGAACCACGAGGAGGAAAUGAAAGUCCUCCAGUGUGCGGCGGGUGGGAACGUGAAUGUGGAAAUGAACGCGGCCCCGGGAGUCGACCUGACCGUCCUGCUGAACAACAUGAGAGCCGAGUAUGAAGAUUUAGCUGAGCAGAACCGCAGGGACGCCGAAGCCUGGUUCAACGAAAGGAGCGCCAACCUGCAGCAGCAGAUCUCGGAUGACGCCGGAGCCGCCACCUCGGCCAGGAACGAGCUCACGGAGAUGAGACGCACCCUCCAGACUCUGGAGAUCGAGCUCCAGUCCCUCUUGGCUACGAAACAUUCGCUCGAAUGCUCCUUGGCUGAGACGGAGGGAAACUACUGCGUCCAGCUCUCCCAAAUGCAGGCCCAGAUUGGGACCCUAGAGGACCAGCUGCAGCAGAUUCGCACUGAAACUGAGGGCCAGAAACUGGAGUACGAGCAGCUUCUGGACAUCAAAAUUCACUUGGAGAAGGAAAUCGAGACCUACUGUCACCUGAUCGAUGGCGACGGAGAAUCGUGUUUCCAAUCCAAAAGCUAUGUACCUGGAGGUCUGGGAAGUCCAAGUAAAGAUCUAUCCAAAACUACCCUGGUGAAGACCGUUGUUGAGGAGAUAGAUCCACGAGGAAAAGUCCUCUCAUCUAGAGUCCACUCAAUUGAAGAAAAGUCUUCCAAAAUAAGUGCCAUUAAAACAGAGCAGAGAACCCCUUUCUAA